UACAUCUUCUCUUCUUCAAGAUAACGAGAGCUAGAGAGAGAAAUAAAAUAAAAUAAAAAAUCAAGAGAGAGAAAGAGCUUAAACAUGUUAUACCCAGAAGAGUCAUAGACAAGCCAUGACCAUACCCAAAUCACCAUACACUCCUUACCGCCGUUACUCCGCCGUCACCAAUGCCGUCUUCUCCGUUCGCUUUCCGUUAAACUGCCACUAUUCUCAUUUCAACUAUGUCUCCCACUCACUCUCCAUCGCCGGACGAUUCCUCCUCUGCCGUUAACAGCUUGUACUGCGACGAAGACGCUGGUGAAGUGGUCCAAUUUGACUCUGACUCCUGGAUCUCCGAUCGUCGUCCUCAAUCCUCUUCGUUCUCCUUCUAUUCUCCUCCAUCCGAUGAAAGUUCCAUCAACAGGCUAAUUGACUCCGAACCUCACUUUUUGCCUUUGGCUGAUUAUCUCCAUCGCUGCCGUGACCGCUUCAUUGACGUCACUGCUCGCCAAGACUCCAUCAACUGGAUCCUCAAGGUGCAUGCAUAUUAUCACUUCAGGCCAGUAACGGUGUUGCUCUCCGUCAACUACUUCGACCGUUUUCUUUCUUCUCAUUCUCUUCCGCAGGCGAAUGGGUGGCCGUUUCAGCUUCUUUCAGUGGCGUGCUUGUCUUUAGCGGCAAAAAUGGAGGAGCUCCACGUGCCACUAUUAGUGGACCUUCAAAUACUUGAACCCGGAUUCGUAUUUGAACCCAAAACCGUUCAGAGGAUGGAGCUUUACGUCAUGGCAAAUCUCAAUUGGAGAUUGCGCUCUGUUACUCCUUUUGACUAUCUCGAUUAUUUCAUUUCCAGGCUCCCUUCUUGUUCCUCUUCAAAACCUGACCCUUUUAAUAGGGUCUUCACUGCUUCUUCGGAUCUCAUUCUUAGCACCACCCGUGUGAUUGAUUUCUUGGGUUUCACGCCGUCGACAAUUGCAGCAGCCGCUGUGUUGUGUGCCGGCGGCGAGAGUUUUCAAAUACCGGCGGCGGACGGACAGUUAUUUCAUGAAAGAAUAAACAAAGAAAUGGUGAGAAGCUGUCACCAACUAAUGCAGGAGUAUCUGAUAGACACGUGUCCAUCAGCUCAGCUUAAGGACACAACAGCUGAGCUGCCAGAGGAGCCGCCGAGUCCAGUAGGAGUACUCGACGCGGCUGCUUGCGGGAGUUGCGACACGCGUUCAGAGAACCCCGGCUCAAUCAGCCAAGUUGAAGCUGAGCCGCUAGCUAAGCGGGCCCGAUCCUCUGCUUCGGAUGUACAGCAACCGUAGAUAAGACCACCACCAGAUCGUAUCUCCCUUUGUCAGAGAGAGGGAGAGAGAGUAGUAGAGCGCCCCACCUUUUUUUAUAAUUUAUUUUCGAUAUUUUCCAUGCGUUGAUUAUAAAAUGAACGGACUGGAUUGGAUAGUCCAACUCCAAGUGAGGAGGGAUUUUGUCAGUAAUUAAUUAUCAGUAAUUAUAAUUUCUUUUUUGAAGAAAUUAUUUAAUGUUA